ACAUUGCACACGUGCGCUGCAGGAGAAACCUUGUAACCGUUUUAAAGCUUAAUAAAAUGUGCGCAUGUGCAACAAUUGCAGACGCGGACGUUCACGGUGCUGCAGUAAAGGUGUAUUGUUGAUCAUUCUUCUGCCAUGUCAGUGAACUUAUCUCUUUCUGUAAAUGGCAUAGUGACCCACAGUGCCAGAGAACUCAGCCAAGACUGCACAAGCAUGAUCAUGCCUUCUGGUGUUUCCAGUUUCUUUCUGGAUUGUAUGGAUUCAGACAUGGAGGCAGGGGACCUACUACCUUCCAUUGAGACUUUGUGCAAAGCUGAUACUUACGAUGAGGGAACAGGUUUGGUCAGUGAAGAGGAAAUGCUGCACUGCUAUAACAAGAACUCAACACUUCUCAGUUUUAGUGAUGCUGUGAAUAUUGGCAUGCAGCACCCUCCAAACCUCUCCUCAAUUCUAGAGCUGUCACCUGUUAUUGAUGGACAACCUGCAAAAGAACCUUUUUUUUUGUCCCCACCUCAAGCUGUGUCACCUCUUAGUUCCUCACCUUUGGUUAGGCCAUGUGAAUAUUCAACAUCUCUAAAGAAUACCUUAGAAAGUAAAAGCAAAACCACAGCAAUUGAAGAAUGUACUCCUGUAACUAAGAGAGUUGUGGCAGUUUCUCCUGUUGUAAAAAAAAAGCCUCUUACAGGAAAACACAAGCCCAUAAAAUGCAGAAAGGUGACCUUCAGUGAUGUCAUCAGCAUGCAGUCCAUAUCAAUGAUUAAUCCUGGUUCAAUGAAGCCCCAAGGAAGAGCCAAUAAGGUCAGUAAUAAUGACUUGAGAAGAAAUGACAAAGAGCCUUCAGAGACAGCCAGAUUUUUUGACUUCACUGGUGGAUGUGAGAAGGAAGCUUUUUUUCAAAGACUGAAGCUAAGCUACACAUUUCAGUUUCCCGCCAAACCAGUAAAUUGAUUUAUAUACCAUUAAUAUUAAAAUUUUGAUUUUGUUUUUUUCAUUGUUUUUCAACUUCAGUAAACUCUGUUGUCAGCAAAAAAAAAAAAAACCCUUGCAAAUAAGAUGCUAUAUUGUUUAGUACUAUGACUGGAAUUGCAGUAUAUCUGGAGUAAUUCUUGAGAUAAAGUGUUUUUUGCAAAAGUAA